GACCAACUCAGAAGCCGUGCAGACAGCCAGUUACGCCGCCAUGGCAAUCAUGAGAACUGAAUAUGAUAGGAAGUUUGAAGCCGAGUUGCACAAAGUGAUACGGUGGCUCGCGGCCCAAGCAAACAGCCGUGGUGGUUUCAACUCCAUAUUCGACACAAUGAUGGGUGUGAGAGCUCUGCUUUAUUACGAGAGGCGAGCCAUCGAGUUCGACGUGGAAGCGAAGGUGAUUGCAGAAGGAGUCGACCGCACUUUGACCUUCAGCAGCGACAACUUCCGUCGCAUACAGCGUGUGGAUUUCCCGAUUCUUCCUGCCGAUGUUAAGCUCGACGUGUCAGGAAGCGGAUGUGCAUUCCUCCAGGCUGUGGUCCAGUACACCGUAAACGACCAUUACAACAGCGAAGACUUCAGCCUGGCCGUCAGCAGCAGCGCGGAUGCGAUGGUCUGCGGGGCGAGUCGCAUCAACGUCUGCACGAGUUACCUCCCGAACAGGCAAUCCAACCUGGUCGCCGUAGAGGUCACCCUCGUGUCGGGUUACACUCCACUCAAGAAGGACCUCGAAGCCCUGAUCAGCAGCGGGAACAGCGCCUUCACUCAAUACGAGAUUAAGGGCAACAAAGUGGUUUUGUACGUGGCCAGCCUUUCAGCCGAGGAGGCGUGCGCGGACUUCGGCGUGAUCCGUGAGCUGGAGGUCGAGGACGCAAAGCCGGGGGUCGUCGUGGUCUACGACUACUACCAGCCGGAAAUCGCCAGAAGCAACAGUUACACGAUUUCAUCGGCAAAUGCAUGCACCAAGAACUAGUGACAUAUCGGAUCCUAUCAUUUGCAACAUGAUGCAAGAAGGUAUUCUCUUUUCCUGAGAUUUAAUUGAGUCCACCCAGCACGGCUUCUGACGUAAUAGUGCAGCUGCAGCCCCAGCGAGGGAGGUUGUGUCGCGGUGACAAGCACAUUGCAUUGAAUGACAUUGCAAAAUCUAUUCAAAAUCUGGCUGAUAAUAUUUCUAAAUAUUUUUAAAUAA